AAUAUUUUGCCAUGCCGGCAACAAAAAAAACCCUCAACCUCAUAUGGUUAAACAUUUCGUAGAUGGCAACAAAAAAAACCCUCAACCACAUAUGGCUAAACAUUUCCUUACUUCCUCCUUUAAAAAAGAUAUAUUUAUUGAAAGCUGCCUUAAAUUUCCAAUUAUACAAUAAGUCCAAAUAAUAAAUAAAGAGUUUAUAAUGCCGAAAAAGAUUGGUUCUUUUUUCAGCAUAAAAAUAAUUACAGGAAAAUAAAAACAAGGGGGAAAUGUACUGUGCAAUAAAGAAUGCGAGAAAAUGAACCUUUUUUUAUGAUUAAAAGAAAUCAUCAGAGGGAGCUGCGGCAGAAGAAUUAGCCGUUACAGGCUUAUUACAGAGCCCCCCCCAUAGCUUUCUCCGAAAUCCUAUCAUCAAAAAGAGAAUCAAAAGGAAGUUGAGCACUAAAGGUACUAAUAAUACUCCUACGGAAUCUUAACCCCUCCUUUCCAAAUUCUGCUGCAUUUUCCAAUUUUCUCAAUCCCCAAUUUCUCCUGUUUUACUUAAAGCUUUCUGGGUUUUUUCUUCCUUGUAAAAAAUCAGCGAUCAGAGACCCAAAAAAACAAAAAAGAUUACUUUUUUGUAUUUCUUCUAUGGCGGAGGAGUUUGCGAGGUCGGUAGAAGAUGGGAUAAGGCUAUCGAAAAGGGUGUACUUUGGGAAAGAUAGGGCCGUUGCGCCACCGAAGCCGAUGAUGGCUAUGGACAAGAUGCCGCCGGAGCAAAAUUACCUGCCGUCGGCUGUCAUGGUUUAUGCCGUCAUAUUUGAUCCGGCAAUCGUUGAUAAUCCCGACGUCCCUAGCUACCAGCCUCACGUGCACGGCAGGUGUGAUCCUCCGGCGUUGAUUCCGCUUCAGAUGAACGGAAUUUCGCUCGAAGCUGAUUGCUCUCUGGAUACGGCGUUUAUUACCGUUAGUGGGUCCUGGCGCGUGCAUUGCGUGAUGGGCAGCAAGAGCUGUGAUUGUCGAAUUGCUAUUCCCAUGGGUGAACAGGGUUCAAUUCUAGGUGUUGAAGUUGAAGUUCCUAGAAAAUCAUAUUACACCCAGUUCAUUCCUGUGGAUGAAGGAAGUGAUUCUGACAAGGGAGCGAAAGGUCAAGAAGCUUGCUUUCUGAAACCAAAUAUUUUCACUCUUACCAUUCCUCAGGUUGAUGGAGGAUCCAACCUUUCCAUUAAAGUUAGGUGGUCUCAGAAAUUGUCAUUUCAUGAAGGCCAAUUCACCUUGACUGUCCCCUUUAGUUUCCCUGAGUAUGUCACACCUGCUGGAAAAAAGGUUUCAAAAAAAGAAAGAAUAAAGUUAAAUGUGAACUCUGGUAUAGGAACAGAGCUUUUGUGUAAGACCACCAGCCAUCCUCUUAAGGAAGUAAAGCGGCAAGCAGGACAAUUAGGUUUUUCAUAUGAAUCUGAAGUUCUUACAUGGUCAAGUUGCGACUUCGUAUUUGUGUGCAAUAUUUCUGCUGGUCAAACCUAUGGUGGCGUUCUUUUGCAAUCUCCAUCACCGAGUGAUGUUGAUCAGAGGGAGUUGUUCUACUGCUAUCUAUUUCCUGGCAAGAAACCCAGAAAGGUUUUUAGAAAAGAAUUGGUGUUUGUUGUUGACAUCAGUGGAAGCAUGAAAGGAAGACCACUUGAAGAAACCAAGAAUGCUCUCCUUUCGUCAUUAUCCAAACUUGAGCCUCAGGACCUGUUUAAUGUGAUAGCUUUUAAUGGGGAAACAUACAUAUUUUCAUCAUCCUUGGUGCCAGCUACCACGGAAGCUAUUGGGAAUGCCACUCAAUGGAUUAACAUGAAUUUUGUCGCUGGUGGUGGUACAAAUAUAUUACUUCCUCUGACUCAGGCAAUAGAGAUGUUUUCUGAUUCUCACAACUGUACGCCAAUAGUCUUCCUCAUCACCGAUGGUGCUGUUGAAGAUGAGAGGCACAUUUGUGAUGUAGUGAAACGUAGUCUGACGGGUAAAAAACAGAUAUGCCCUCGGAUCUAUACCUUUGGCAUAGGUACAUUUUGCAACCAUUACUUUCUUCGGCUGCUCUCUUUGAUUGGCCAUGGUCACCAUGAUGCCUCAUAUGAUGCAGAAUCUAUUGAAGUCCGGAUCGAAGGCCUCUUUGCCAGACUUUCAUCUAUCAUUCUUGCAAAUAUUGCCUUUAAGAAUCUCCGUGAUCUCGACGAAUGUGAGGUCUAUCCUUCUCGAAUCCCGGACCUUUUGGCUGAUUGCCCUUUGAUCAUAUCGGGAAGAUACCAGGGAAAAUUUCCCGAUACACUUUCAGUUACAGGGAUCUCCCCAGAUAUGAGCAAUUUUGCUACUGAUCUGAGGGUACAUGAGGCAAAAGACAUGCCAGUUCACAAGGUAACGCAGACAAGUGUGCCUUCAUGUUAAGCAGUUCAUAUGUUGUUAAUGUGAUAAUUUCAGGAGUGCUUGAUUUCAGUCAUUUUGCUUAGUUAUGCUUUUUCCGGAAGCCCUAUUUCCCUUUUCUAAAUCAGCAACAUGGUUACACACCACAGAAUGGCAAAUGCCACGAAAUUCUAAAUGCUUACUUUACCAUUGUGUAUCUUACGUACGGUGUAAUGUGCGUCAGGUUGACAUCAAGCAACAGAUUGAGUUACUUACAGCAGAGGCAUGGUUUGCACAAAAUAAGGAGCUUGAGUUAAAGGUAUUUUAAGCUCAGUCACCUAGCAUGGUUGGUCAUUUAGAACUGUUCUCAUCUACAUACGUUGACUUUCCUUUUCUGAAGUGAUUCUUAAAUUCAUUAAUCAAUUGUCGCUCUUUUCUUCAUAUUAACUGUAUCAUUAUUAUGGAUUAGUGUUGGAUCUACGAAUUCCAAUGUUUUAAUUAUGUGGGCUAAUUCAGGUUGAUUAAUUGCACAAGGAGAACUAGAAAAAUGUAGGCCAACUACUUUCCUUGUUUGCAGAGACGUUGCAGUUAGAUAUUUUCGCAACUUAUGAUUUUUGAGACUGCUCAAGAAACAAAGUUGUACAUCCAAUCCAUUUAUGUUGAUAUUAAAAUAUUAUUCUGAUUCUGCUGAAAUUUCUGGGAUCUGACAUCCUUGUACCUACUGUCUUGUAACCAAAACAAUACAUGAUGUUUGUUUUAUUAUUAUUAUUAUUAUUUUGGUUUACUCUCAGGAUUUUAGUGGGUUACUCAAUAAGAUGAAUCAUUACUCAGCUUCUUGUUCUGUUUACAGAUUGCAAAAAUGAGUGUGCAACAUUCCACUAUAUCCGAGUUUUCAUACAUGUUGCUGCAAGAGACUGACACAACAGGCAGACAGCAGGUUGGCCUGGCUUCCAGAGAAGUUUUCACUUGUUGCAUUUAUUUUACCCCAUUUCACUUUGUUUAUCUUUCUUUAACUGGAGGUGACUAUGACAGGUUUCUGGCAAAGUUGGUUCCCAGAAACCAGAACCUAAACCUCAAAAGAUAAUCACCAAAAGAAACCUUGGAGUUGGUUUUGGCAAUUUGACUGCAACCGCUGACAACAUUCCACCAGGAACCGAUGAGACAAAACCUCCAGAAACAGCUGAGAUCCUAGCGAAGGCAGCAUCCAACUGUUGCGGGAAGCUCUGUGACUAUUGCUGCUGCAUGUGCUGUAUUCAGACAUGUUCACGUAUAAAUGACCAGUGUGCAAUUGCUUUGACGCAACUCUGUGGUUCACUGGCAUGUCUAGGCUGCUUCGCUUGUUGUGACGUAUGUUGUGGCGGCAACGAUUGAUGAGAAACCAAGUCUUGCAACUACCAGAUAGUUCUGUUGUAUAGUAUGGGUUUGAUAGAUGAUGCAUAUAUGGUUUGUGCAUAGAAGCACCACCUGUGUGUGCUGUUUUCUAACUUAAAUUGAGGUUCCCUCUUGAUCCUCCGCCACAUAGUAUUGUAAACACGGAGAAUUGACAGUCAGAAGUCUAUACAACUAUUUUAUCAGUGCUGUCUGAGAAAAUUUACCAUCUUUUUGGAUUUCACCACAGGCGGCAGGUAGUCCGUGCUCUUAUUUUACUAGUAUUACCACUUUUUGGAUUUGACCAUAGGCUGGCAGGUUUUGUGAUAUAUAGAGUAAAUAAAUAGCGUAACAUGGAUAAAGUUUUAUUUAAUUACAUAAAUUAUUUUGAGUGAUCAUACAUAGCAUAGGAAAUCUUAUAUAAAUAUUAUUAUGAGUGAUUAUACAGAGGAAAUCUUAUAUGAAAGGAACAACUAUGGACAUAAUUUUAUGAUAUGGGACUACAUGGGACCUGCUACUUCGGCUUCAAUGAUUGUUGUUCGUUUUAGUAGAAGCAACAACGGCUUACUUGAAGCUGCAAAAUGGUCAUUGAUACAAACCAUGACCCAAGCAUUACUCGCAUACUUUCUCCUUCCAUACAUAUAAUGAUACUUGUAGCUAUUGUACCAAAAGGAAUGCACAAGAACA